CGUAGAUAGAACAUCAACUCAACAAAGGAAUAGUAGCAGGUUUGAUCUGUGUAAAGAAAUAGUUGUUGAAGAUGGCUACUAGCGAAUUGAAUCAGUUUUUGGAAAUUGUUGAUGAGAAAGUCCUGGAGUGUACUAUUUGCUUUAAGAGACUUCAAAAUCCUAAAUCUCUCAACUGCCUCCAUAGUUUCUGCUUGACAUGUCUGGAAGACUGGGUUAAAAGGAAGGGUACGCUGAUUUGCCCAACCUGCUCAAAAUCACAUGUCACUCCAGAAGGCGGACUUCAGAAGCUACCACCAAAUACAUUUCUCAAUAACUUAAUUGAAACUAUUGAACAAAUAUCUAAACGAGAUCAGAUGAAAUGUGUUUGUGCUAAAGGGCAGGCAAUAUACUACUGCCAGGAAUGUAGACAUUACUUGUGCUCUACUUGUAGUGAAUGUCAUAAAAUAUUUCCUAUAUCAGCAAAUCACAAGCUGCAUACAGUGGAGGAUGUGCGAUCAAUGACUCCUCAAGAUUUUGCUUUGCUACAUCCACUGCUGUGUUCACAUCACAACAAACCUUUGGAGUUCUACUGCACAGAUUGUAAAACUCCAAUCUGUAUAAAUUGUACAGUUAUGGAUCACAGGGCAUGGGAAGGGAAACACAAACCAAUCAGUAUUUCAGAAGAAUUUCAGACAUUUAAAGAAAUGUCUACACAAUUGAAGGAAGCUGCUUAUCAAUAUAAGAACCAAUUACAAGAUGGGCUGAAAGCUGUUAUGCAUUAUGCUACCAAAUUAGAACAAAGUAAAGAUACAUGUUUAAGAGAUAUUGAGAAACAUGUGCAGGAAAUGGUCAAGAAAAUGAAGGAGAGUGAAGACAAAAUGAAAAAUGAAGUCGAGACAAUCUACAAAGAAAAAAAGAAAUUAAAUGAUGUACACAUUAGUGAUUUGAAAGCAACAAUAUCUGAUUUGAAUACAAAGAUGAGUUUUCUUAAUCAGUUAUUGAAGAGUGACAAAGCAACAGCACUGCAAUCAAGUGAAACAGUAAUUACAGCACUGAACGACAGAGUCAAAGAACUGCCAAAAACAAAGCCAAAUGAUAACAGACACAUUAAAUUCUUAAUAAAUGAACAUCAAGUGUCUUCAAUACAACAGUGCAAUAUUGGAAAUGUUACACUUAUAAGGUUAAAAGAUUGUUUACAAUUAAAAGGAAUGGAAUCUGUGACCCAAAGUCAAAUAAUUGUUGUCCAGAUAAUCAAAACAGAUGAAUGUGAAAUACAUGAAAAUCAACUGAAGGCAACAUGGACACAGCCUACAGGAGAAACCAACACUACUCAAGUUGAUGUAGAUGGUAAUGGAGAUUAUUUUGUGACAGGAAAAUGCACAAGUCCAGGUACCUGUAAACUAGAUGUGAGUGCUGAUGAUGAACCAAUCAAACAAUCACCGAUGAUAAUCAAUGUAGAGAAGGAAGGAAUAGUAAAUACCAUUCAAAUAGAUAAAUGUUCUGUAGACGUAGUUAAGUGUGAAGGUGAUUGCUUGUUUGUUUCUUGUGCUACAAAUGAAAUUCUCAAGUACAAGCAAUCAGGAGAAUAUACAGGGAAAGUUACACUACCAGAAUGUGUGAAGGUUCACAGAAUGUACAAAAUGAAGAACGGUGACAUUGCAUUCAAUGAUCGGGGUAAUAAUGAAUGCAUCAGAAUAUGUAAUAUGAAUGGUCAGCUGAUCAGAUCAAUUAGUAAUUUCCAAUUUCACCUAGGAAAAAUAUUUGGUAUCCAUGUGGAUGAGGAAUCAAAUACUGUGUAUGUAGGAAGUGAAUCAAGUGUGCAGCUAUUCAACAUUGAUAGUGGACAGAAGAUCGGAAGCAUAGGGACUCGCGGCAAUCAAGGUGGUCGAGUCAAUGGAGUUUCUGAUGUUGCCCUUACUAACCAAAGAAAUAUAUUUGUAUUGGAUUUUCACAACAACAGGUUACAACUAUUUAACAAUGAAGGACAGUUCAUGAAAGUUCUUGUCAAAGAAGGUGAUGAAGAUGGAAAGGUGAUGAAACCAUGGGCAGUAGUAGUUGAUGAGGAUGACAACAUCAUUAUAUCAAGUAAUCACAAAAUACAGCUGUUCAGUAGUGAUGGAAAUUUCAUCAAAAGAAUUGAUAAACCAGAAGAUGGAAUCAAAAAGCCUUUUGGAUUGUCCAUCAUUUCAUAUUAUCCACGUAGAGUUGCAGUAGUAAAUAAUGGUGACACAACAGUAAAAAUAUUUAAUUAUUAAGAUAUUGACGCCCUCAAUUUUUGUUUUGUGGUCAUGCAGUGAGGCAAUCCCACCCCACUAAAUUAUGUAAAAAGUUUAUUUUCAUAUCAUGUCAUUGUAUUUUGAAGACGUUAAAUGUAAAAUUUAAAAAAUACAAUCAUAAUGUCAUUGGUGCAUUUUGCUUGAGUCUUUAAAGUCAGGCUCCGAAGGAAAAAAAAUUUUUGAUAUGUUGUAGAACUGAUUUUUCUAAGACAGAAAAAAGUUGUUUGACGAAAAACUGGGGAACGGUGAAUGUGAUACAAAUUUGUUAUUCUAGGGUCAUGGUGCUGUCAUUUUCAAUAUAAAGGUAAAUACGCCUACAGUAUGUUUAUAAAUAGAUUUUAAACAUUCUAUAAAUAGAUUUUGAAUAAAUUACAACAUCAUCUGCUAAGCCCCGCCCCCUGGAUACUGUUGCUAAGGUCCCACAAAAGUCAGUGCAAUGUAAUCUGUUCCCUGUUCUGAUUGGUCAGUUGUUAAGUUUGACUGACACUGCUGAAUGAUCCACACUGUCUUCAGUUCAAUUCAAUUCAAUUCAAAUAAAUUUACUUCUGAAAAACAACAAAGUACUUACAAAAGAAUAAUUACAGAUUAUUUCUGAGGAAAGGGGACCUACACGGGAAAAAAAAAAGAAAAAAAAUUGAUCGCCUAAAAUGCCUCAGAGGCUAUUUUCGGGGAUCUACAACAUAAAAUUUUCGCUGGGACAUGGGGUAGUGUUUUCUCGAUCGGUCCCACUUUCGUCCCCCACCAUCUUUGGAUCCACCCCUAAAAGCUUUAAUUUGGGGCACAAACUAAAAAAUACUGUAUGGUAGAAGUAAAACAGAAAGCAUGGUCUUAUGAUGUGGUAAUUGGAAAAUUUAAUAUUGUUUUUUCUAAUUAUAUAUUAUUGACAAUAUAAACAUAAAAAUCAAUUUACAGGUGAGACAAGGUAUAAACGUAAUCGAUAUUCAAAACUUUUCAUACUUGAAAGGUUCUUUAGAUAUUUUGGUAUGGAAUUCCAAAUUGUUGGGCCUUGAAAAGUUAUAUCAUGGCAACCAACUUCAGUAGUUGAACAUUCGUAGACAUUAGUUCUAUUUCUAAGACUACUAUUUAAUACAAGUAUUGGUCUGAGAAAAUUAGUAUUAAGAAUGGCAUUACUGCAGUUCAUAUAUGUGUAUUUAAUUGUGAUAAACAUUUUAUUGGUUAAGAAAAAAAUUGUUUAAAUAAUGCAUGAUAACUGGCUACUAUUAAUAACAACUAUUUAAUGUUAUUGUUAUUAUUUAAAGGGAUACAAUACAUGUAUUUAGGGAGACUAUUGGAGUGGAGUUGAAUAGGGUAUUCGGCGAUGGGCGUCACAUGACUUCUUGGGUGUUGGAUAUAAACAGUCGAAUGUCACAGCGGUGUUUUACAUGGAGCUUGCUAUGGCGGUUGUCUCUUGUUUAUUGCUGUAGAGAUCAUCAUAAUACCCAGUAAACAAUACCAAAUUGAUUGAAAAUUAAACUUAAGAAUUUUGCCUUAAUGGUUUGAAAACGCUGUGAAGAAUGCUGGCUGCAAACAUUGAGAUUUUUCGACAAAUGUUAGGCCUAGGCCCCUGCACAUCUACCGCAUGGUUAGGUGUGCAUGAUGGUCUUCAACCCGCAAACUACGCUGCAAUGUUAGUGCCAGCUAAGGUUUUAGAAGGAUCACUUAUAUUUCAAAGCAUACAAUCCAAGGAGAAGGCUAGGAUAAGUAAAUAAAACACUAUUUUGAACAAUCGUAUUGCCUUUCCUAGCCAUUUACUUCUCACAUUAACAGCGGGUGGUUGUUUUUGCUACCUUAACAUUAUCUUUUCCUAUGCUAUCGCACUAUUUUCAUGCAUACUCAAGUUAGGUCAUGUGAUCGCUUGUAUCAUUGCCUAAUACCAGGGUCCUGGGUUCAAUGCCUGUGACGGCCAACACGUUUUCACGAUGACUAAAAAUAAACUCCACUCCCUUAGCCUCAAAAGGCGACUUCACUGAAAAAAGCAUCAAAUUAUUUUCAUUUAAUUAGAAGGGCAUAAAUUAAGCAGCCGACCUUCUAGGAUUCGCUGAAAGUGUCGCCCUCUAUAAAUAUGGUUUUAAAAAAAAUGGGAAAAAAAACAUAAAAUUAUCCUUCUAAUUGUUAAUUUAUUAUAAAUGCAUCGUUUAAAUAUUGCAUUAUUACUAGACACUAUUAAUUAUAAGUAUUUAAUGUUAUUGUUAAUUUAUAGGGACACAUGUAUUUUAGGGACACUGUUGGAAACAUGUAUUGUCCCAGUAAUAAAAUUUUUGUUAUGUAGUCACACAACUUGAAAACACCGAUUCAUAAGAAUGUGUAAUAAAAGAAAUAAUAACUUUUAAUACAAAAAAAUGUAGUAAAUGCGGUAUAAUAUUGCUAUAUACAUGAUUUAAUUAAGCAUGCAUAAUUUUAUGUUCUUAUUAAUAAAAACAUUUUUGAAAGUCACAGUGGGUGUCCUGCAGUGCAGACGAUGCGACACUUUAGGCAAUAGAUCGAGCCAAGCUUUCUAGAAUUUAAUUGUAACUAUGGCACUCUUUACCUAACUACUAUUAGAAAGCAGCUGUAUAACUGGUUGUUACUGACACAGGGCCCAGUUUUUUCAAGUUCAAAUAAAUGUAUCGUUUUCCAUAUAACAUUUAAAGGCAUAAAACAAAAUUUCAAAAAUUGUUCGGAUUAUUUCUUCUUUUAACAGAAAGUGUACUAAAAUGUUUUAAAUUCCUUUGUGUACUAUUUUCUUCAAUACUGAGAUUAAUCUGUAUAAAUUUACUAAUAAAUCCUAUGUAUUUUACUUUGUAGUCUUACCUUAUAUUAUGAUAGUUUAAUGAUUUUAAUUUUUUAAACAAUUGUUUAUCCAUGUAGUUGACUAUGUUCAAAUUAUAAUAUCUUAUUACUGUAUCUGUAUCACUUUCUUUGAAUAGUUUGAUAGGAUUUUUGAGCUGGAGCAGAGGUUUUCAACUGGAGGCCUGCGGGCAAUCUCCGGCCCGCGAGUUUGUGCUAUGCGGCUUGAGCCUAGAUUUCUAACCUUAAUAAUUUUGUAUGCUGUUUGGCCGACUAGGCCUAUAUACUGCCCCACAAACUGUAGCGAUUUAAUCAAUCAAAUCGGAAGAACUAACCUAUCACAGCAAACGGCAAAGAAAUACUGUAUCACCGAUGACCCAUUGUGUGAUAUAUAACAUUUUGCCCUUGCAUUUAUACCAAACACAAGGGUAACUUUCUAAGGUGAAAAUGCACUGCAUGAACGUCUAGCGGCUUAUUCUUUAAAAAAAAAUUUAAUUCGGGAAAAGGGGCAGUGACACUUCAAAUUUAUUCAAGGAACAGUUUUGGCCCCUUUGCAAUAUAGUUGAGAACCCCUGAGCGAGAGUGUUCAACAAUCUUAGCCAGCUUAGAUUAUUGUUAAAACUGUUGCUGUUAAUUUGUUCGAUAUUUCUCUUGUUACUUCAUUGCUGUUGUGGAUGUAUAGGUUUGGCUUUUUAAAGAAUAAAUAAUAAACGAAAAAUUGAA